UUUACAGUUACACCCUCUCUCUUCAUGCUAAUUCCAAUAUUUAAAACCUACCUCCCAAUACCCAGUACCUUGAAUGUAAUGUGGGCCUUAUUGUCUAAUUUCAACAUUUAUUACCAUGCGUUUUAUUGUAUCGUAAAGAAAAAAUAAUUCAAUAACCUUUAUUGAGGAUAAAUGGGCAUUUUUCUGUAUGGUAUUUGCGGUGGCUGCGUUUUACGCGUAGUGAGACCAAAGGAGUAACAUUAUUGAAAUGGAUAGCAACGGUGCACCAUCCGAGCUCUAUUGUCUUAUAUGAAUAUCGAUCGCGCCGCGUGCUAUGUCCCGGAGCCGCGUUCGAGUGAUCGUAAUUUCUAAUCCUCAAUCGAGUGGACAGCUGCCCGCCUGCCAGUGUCAGUGCAAAGUGAUCGCGAUAGCGGAGUCGUUCCGUGGCGCGGCGCGGGGCGCAGUCGCGGCGCGCUCGCGGACACAGCCGCCGCGUUCAUCGCUACACUGCACACUGAAUAACGCUUCUAAGUGAACCGAUAUUUGGAUAAUCUGUAAUCAUGCCGGCGAUGCGCAAGCUGUCGGCGCAGCAGACGGAGCUGCUGCUGUCGCACAUGGAGCAGGACGGCGCGCUGGCCCGGCGCCGCGCCGCCGACGGGCUGCCGCUCACCAAGGCCACGUACCACCAGCACUGGGAGCGCCUCGCCGACCGGCUCAACCGCGCCGGCGCAGGACGCUACACCAAGACCGCCAAGGAGUGGAGACUUUACUGGAACAACUUGAAGUACAAGGCGAAGUUCAAGGCUGCUGAGAAGAUGAAGCUGCUGAGCGGCGCGGGGGCUGUGGGGGGCGCGGGGGCGUCGCUGGACACGCAGCUCACGGGCGAGGAGUGCCGCAUCCUCAACAUCCUGGGCAGCGAGUGCGUGUUCCCGGACCCGGGGGGCGCGGGGGACGCGGGAGACGCGGGGGGACACGCUGGGGGCGCGGGGGACGACGCGCUCGCCGACGCAGGGAUGUUCAAAGACGAGCCGGUGGCCAAGAAGCCGCGCCCGGACUGCUUCUCGCAGGUCAAGCGCUGCUGCGUCGACCUGGUCAAGGUGCACGGCCGGUCGAUCACGCUGUUCGACGACGCGGCGUUCCGCGCGCUGCUGCAGCUGAUCCCGCUGCCGGCGGCGCAGCGCGCGCGCAUCUCCUCGCAGUUCGUGCAGGAGCUGCUGGACUCCGACGACGCCAGCGACGCCCCCCACGAUGACACACACGACGACGACGACACCCGGGACAUGGACACGACCACCGCUGACGACCAGGACGACGACGAACAGCCGCUGCGGAUCAAGAGCGUGGUGAAGGGCGAGGUGGGGGGGGAGUGCACGUGCGGGCGCGCGGAGGGGGGCGGGGGGCGGCACGACCCCACGUGCCCCGCCGCCGCCGCCGCCGCCGCCGCCGGGCAGACCUAUUGGAACUUCUAUGAGGUGUCGCUGGACGAGGCGACGUGCUCGCUGUGCCGGCGCGCGCUCACCUGGACCUCCGUGGCCACGCUCAAGGACCACCUGGCGCAGAAUCAUCCCGAUGUCGAGUUUAUAGACGACGACGAGGAGUUCCAGAAGGGCCCGGCGUCCAGCCCGGGCGCGCGCGAGCUGGAGGAGGUGUACCUCGACGAGAACCCCUUCGACGACCCGCCGCCCGCCAGCUCGGCUAAGAAGCGCAAGAAGGCGGCGGCGGCGGCGGCGCAGCUGCUGCAGGGCGGGCGGGCGGCCACGCGGGAGCACAUCGCGGCCUCGCUCGACAACUUCAAGAGCCUCGACGCCUUCGGGCAGUACGUGGCCGAGCUCAUGAAGCUCAUCCCGCGGGACAAGUGCGUCAAGUACCAGAUACAGAUCGUGGAGCGGCUGCUGCAGGAGCAGGCCGCCGCCGGGUAG